GAGAGGGCUACUCUUAUUUCAAAGGGAGAAACUGAAGAAUUUACCCUGCUGCCUUUCCUAUUUGAGGAUAUUUGAAAUGGGAAUACAUCUUUCAGGUCGAGGACUUCAAAAGGUCUGGAGAAGAUUUCAAGACAAGUCAAAUCCAUCACGGUUAUUGGUGGUGGCUUCUUGGCAGUGAGCUGGCCUGUGCUCUGGGAAGAAGAGCGCGAACCAGAGGCCUGGAGGUGAUUCAGCUGUUUCCAGAAAAUGGCAAUAUGGGCAAAGUCUUGCCUGAAUAUCUGAGCAACUGGACCACAGAGAAAGUCAGAAAAGAGGGUGUUAAUGUUAUGCCUAACGCCGUGGUCAAGUCUGUCUCUGUCUCUGGAAAUCGACUGGUGAUUAAACUAAAAGAUGGCCGAAAGGUGGAGACUGAUCACAUUGUGGCUGCAGUAGGGCUGGAGCCUAAUGUGGAAUUAGCGAAAUCUGCUGGUCUAGAGGUGGAUUCUGACUUUGGAGGAUUCCGGGUCAAUGCAGAGCUGCAGGCACGCUCCAAUAUCUGGGUGGCUGGGGAUGCUGCCUGCUUCUAUGAUAUCAAACUAGGUAGGAGACGUGUAGAGCACCACGAUCAUGCUGUUGUGAGUGGAAGGCUAGCUGGAGAAAACAUGACGGGAGCUGCAAAACCCUACUGGCAUCAGUCCAUGUUCUGGAGUGAUCUGGGCCCUGAUGUAGGGUAUGAAGCCAUUGGACUUGUUGACAGUACUUUACCAACAGUAGGGGUUUUUGCUAAAGCAACAGCAAAGGACACACCAAAAUCUGCAACGGAGCAAUCAGGGACAGGUAUCCGAUCGGAAAGUGAAACUGAAGCAGAAGCUUCAGAAGUUCCCACUUCUCCGAGUGCUUCACCAACGCCUCACGUUCCAAAGGAAGGAGAAGAUUAUGGCAAAGGUGUCGUUUUCUACCUCAGGGACAAAGUUGUGGUGGGAAUUGUGUUAUGGAAUAUCUUCAACAGGAUGCCUAUAGCUCGCAAGAUCAUCAAAGAUGGGGAAGAGCAUGCUGAUCUCAAUGAAGUAGCAAAGCUUUUCAACAUCCACGAAGACUGAGCUCCAGAAUUUAAUCGCUGCAAUAGGAGUAGGGCAGCAGGUUCUUGCUGACUGUGUGUACCCCUUCAUCUUGGAGAACUUGCUCUGAGCACUUGUUAAUAUUUCCCAUCACCUAGAAUUCUAAUGUUUGCACCAAUAAAAUCAGAUUCUUCUAACUUAAA